UUUGAAUUGCACAUGACAAGCGAAACUAUGAAGAAACAUAAACUGCAAUUAUAAAAACGGUAAAAUAUUCGCGAAAAUAUCAAGUAUAAUAUUCAAAAUAUCGAUGAAAAAUAUAAAAUAUAUUAAGAAACGGUGCCGGGCUACCCAAAUAAAUAUUUUAUUUUCCAUUAUCCAUAAAGUUAAUUAUUAAGCAAGAUGAUGCCCUUUACAAUGCUAUUGUUUUGCUUUUGCUUGGCCAGUGCUGUUGAUCAAUUAUUACAACCGAGUGAAAAAAUAAAUUUCAAUGCACAGCAAACAUCAAGUCAAGUGGAAAAUAUAUUUCCAAUAACAUCACUUAAACCAAAUGGAGAUCAAAUCUUAAAUAUACGUUUUGACCCCCCACAUCUGGACUUUGGUGUUAUAUCAGUUGGUACAGCGCAAUCACACACAAUCACAGUUAUUAAUCAGCAUAAUCGUAGUGUGUAUUUGGGUUCGGUCUCAGGUCAAAUUUCAUCAUUUUAUAGCAGCUUUUUUGAGACAAAGAUCAUACCUCCACAAGGAAAUACUACAUUUAAUGUAGUUUUUCUACCUCGUGAAAGUGGAACACUACAGUCAGUUUUACAUGUACAUAGUUCAUUUGGCUUAGCUAACUUUUCCGUUCGUGGGGUGGGUACUGAAUGUCCAUACAAAUUACAGCCAAUUGUAGGCGUUAAAGCUCCGCUGAAUGCCACGCUUACCCCAGAAAUACAUAUGUUCAAUCCACAUAAGCAUACAAUGCAAAUAAUAGAGGUGUACAGUAGUGGUGGGCAAUUUCAAUUAGAAUUACCUAGCGGCGGACAAGAAGGACCUCAAGCCUUAUGGGAAAUACCGCCAUAUUCCACAAAGCCAGUGAUACGUAUAAGAUUUCAUGGAAAGAAUGCCGGUAAUCACACGGCGUAUAUACGUAUAAAAGUGCUGGAGCAGCCGAAUGAUUCUGUAGCUCCAGUUGAAAAUGUUUUUGUUAUUCCCGUUGAAUUUGAAAUUCAACAGGAGAAUGGACUGUAUGCUGAAAACCCGGUAAUUGAUUUUGGGCGCAUUGUAACACAAGAUACAACGCCAACAACAGUGAAACUUAAUUUACGCAAUUCGGAUGAAAAUAGUCCUUACGAGUUAGUGUAUCAUGAUCUUCAUAAUAUUAGUGGUUUAUCUUUUAAUAUAAACGAUACAAGCAUUACUCUUGAUCCAAUGCUGUUGGACAAGUCUUUUAAUUUUAAGCUUGCUUUACUGCGUUCAGCUUUGAAACGCAACGUUAGUCACAUUCAAGAAUUUUCGGUUUUGAUACGUGCAGAUGUUUUUAAAGGCACGCUUUCUUUUAAUCGUAAUACAACAAUUUUUAUAACCGGUGAUAAAGAUGUUUAUAAAGAAAGAAAACUUAUUGUGCGAAAUGAAUUCAAAACACCUUUACUCGUUUUGAAAAGCAGUGUAGAGAGUAAUAUAACCAAAAUUUUUAAUAUAAAUCAAAGUCAUAGUAAGUAUGACGUUGUGCUGAAGCCAGGUGAAUCAUUGGAACUCAUGCAGCUACAAACUAAAAACCUUAGUAAUAACUUUCGCUCUAUGUUAAAUAUAUAUACUAAUGUAACUCGUUUCGAAGUGCCUUUAUUAAUAUGUACUGGACAGCUCCAUGUGCAUACGCAAAUUUCGGGUCGUUUUAUGUUAAAACCUGAAUAUAAUACUGAUCUUAAUUUGGGCUUGGUGCCUUUGGCAGAAAUGUCACAACCAGGUUAUAUUGUUUUACAGAAUAAAAAUCCAAUACCAAUUAAGGUAACGAAUUGGGACUUUCAAACAAAACGUGGCAUAUACUUUCAUACCACAUUUAUGGGUUGUGCGAAAAUAACGAGCUUGAAAAAUGAACAAAACAUCGAGAAUGUCAAAUAUUACUUUUGUUCGCAACUUAACGAAAAUGAAGUGGCAGUUUUUGAAUUAGCUAUACAAUCCUAUAUAACGGAAAAUAAGCCUUUAGAUGCCACAUUACAAAUAUGGACACCAUAUGAAAAUAUAACAGCAACAGUUAGAUUUAAAACAAUGAUCGGCGAUUUAGAAGUGGAUCAGGAAACAGUUUAUUUUAAAAAUUGCUUCCCGGGCAUGCUAUGUUCAUCAGAUAUAAGUAUACGAUCUACAUUUCAAUAUCCAAUACAUAUAACGAGUGUCAAUUUUACGGAUCCAAGUAUGCAUUUCGAAGAUUUUAAUCCUAAAGUUGCAGUUAUUGAUCCCGGAGUGUCUACAAAAAUUGGUCGCCUCUAUUUCAGCCCAGCAGAAAUAUGCAAGCAUAUGUGUUAUAUACCGCAAGACGAGAGAACAAAUUCGUUAGAUUUUUUAUCUACACAGCCUCUUACGAGAGAGUUGAAUAAUAACCCUUAUUUUGAUGAAGGAGAACUUAGAAGACGUACAGAAUUAUAUCGGCAGUUUAAAGCAAUCCUACAAUCAAUUUCGUUUAGAGUGAGUACACAAGAAAAACGACAGUUCGUACUACAAUUAAUGAUCGAUAUUGUAUGGCCAAAAUUGGUGUCUGGACCACAAACACUACCAAGUGUCGAAAUCAACAAAUCUCGUAAAACAGCAAUCGUUAUUAAUAAUCCUGCUAAUAAACCGAUACUGGUUGAUUUUUUCUUAUCAAAUCCAAAAUUCGCAAAGCUUACACGUUCAUCGUUACCGCUUGAGGUAGUAGUUUUACCAAAAAAUUGCCAUUUGACAGAUCAGUCAGUAUUUUCAUUAUCCGAACUGUCAACUAAGCAACCUGUACUAAUUCCAGCUUAUGAAAAUAUAACUGUCACAAUUACAUUCACUGCAACACAAACGGAUUUGUUUUGCACUUUACUACAUAUUCGAAAUAAUUUGACGUUGUAUGAGGGAGUUUGGAUAAGCGCUAAAGGUGUGCAAUCACAAUUUCGUUUUGGAAAUCGGAAACCAGGCUCCACAACGCCUUUGCUCUUCGAAGUAAAUGAAAAACAUUUGUCCUCUUGCUAUCAACAAAUGCAACCAACAACAACAACAACAACAGAAGUUAGUUUUCCGGUGAAUAUUAAGAGAACUUUCACAGCUCGCAAUACAGGUGAAAUUCCAAUAUUUGUUGAAACAUUUUUUGUCGAAGGCCAACAAUGCAUUGGAUAUGGAUUUAAAAUAGUGGACUGCACUAGUUUUGAACUUGCACCUAAUUCGUCUAAAAAAAUUGAAAUAUUGUUUAGUCCAGACUUUACUAUAGCACGUAUUGCAAAGUUAUUGGUAAUAAAAACAAAUCUUUCCUACAAUGUCAACUAUACAUUAUUGGCACAAUUGCCUACUGAUAGUUUAGAGCUCUGCGGAAAAUUGAUCGCUCGACCUGAAUGGGAGACACAAGUACGGUACGCUGCUAUAAUUGUUAUAUUAAGCAGCUUGGCGAUGGUGGUCUUUGCGGUACAUUUGGAUUUGUAUAAAAUUUUCAAAAUACAGGAUGCUGUGGCAAAAUCUCGCGAUAAGGGACCUGUGCAUCCUACUUUUAAUCUGCGGAACAUUGGUAUAAAGUCGCUUACUCCAACAGAUGAUUCGGGUUUAGUAGUGGUAACAAAAGUAUUGACAACAAAUAAUAAGCAAAAACUAAAUCAAACGAAUGGUAACAGCAAUAGCCUUAAAAAGAGAGUUGGCGAAAAACAGAAUUUUCAAAAUUCCGCUAGUAAAAACUUAUAUUAUCAAUAUUUAGAUUGGCCUGAAGAUUGCACAAUGGAUUGCAGCUGCGACCAAUAUUGUGAAUUUUCAGAGGAAUUUGAAUUUAAGUUUCUAGAUGAUGAUAAAUUAACAUUCAACUGCAGCUUUCAUAAUUGUACAUCUGCAGAAAGUAGCAAGUGUUUAUCGCCAGUCAUACAAACAGAACAUAAGGAAAAAAACAGAGUAAGUCCAAAUGAACGCAAUAGUAAUAAUAUUCCUAAAAAACAAACACAGCAACAACGUAGUAAUAAAAAAUCCAAAAACAACACACCUUCACCAACGGCGCCAGUAGAAGAAAAUACAAAUACGCACAAAGCCAAAAUAAAUUGUACAGAGAAAAGUUUUGCAAAUAGCAUCAGUGCCAGUAAGAAACUAACUAAGACCCCAGAAAUGAAAUCCAACACGGACAAUCUUUUCGAUACAGAACAGAAAAAUACAACAGUUUCAACCAAAGAUACUUCACGUAAGUAUGGAAAAACACCUGGUAGAGAACGCAAGCGAGAAUUGCAAAAACGUGAAGCAAAUUGUCAUUCGAAUUCUUCGUCAACAACAUCAUCGAACUCCAAUUUCAAACUAGCAGACCGUAAGAAAAAAGUUAAAGUUGUUAACUCAUUAAAUUUUGAUUCACCGAUUCCGAUUCCGCCUGAAAUAAGCAAUAAUGGCACAGGACUUAGCUGUAUAACCUCACCUUGGGAAACUAGUAACCAGGUCUCAUUUGGAGAUGUGCUGCAGAAACAUAAUUAUCCACAACAAAAUUUAGCAACAUCAACAAACACCGAUGGUGCAUUUAAUUUAAAUCAAAUGAAAAUGGCUUCACAAAAUUCACUAUUUAGUAGUGUUGAUCUCAAAACGACUGAGCUCUCCAAUAUUUGUGAACCACAGACUAUUACUGUAUCAACAGAAAAGGAAAUUUCAAAAAGCGACGAAAGACCUAGCAGCACUGAACUUGGUCCGAUUGGCACAAGAAAAUCACCAUCUUCAACACCCGUUUGGGAGUCGGUAACCGCUGCACCAAUGACUGCAACUACCACACAAUUACUUAAACCGCAAAUUUGUAGUAGUUCCAGUUUUUUUUCCGAUAUGCUACCAACUACUUAUGAGCAAAAUAACAUUGCACCAUUGAUAGAUGCCUCAACUGCACAAUUAUUGGAACUACAAAAGGCUCAAGCAGAGUUGCAACGACAAUGGCAGACAAAUGAGUAUUUGUUUAAUUUACGCCAGCGGCAAAUUGAAAAUCAGCAACAGCAACAACUACGCUUGCAAGCGCAGCAACAACUUUUGCAAGGUGUUGAUGUCAGCAACAGUUGGGCACUUAAUUCUCAUACUUGGUCACCACUUGUUUACGGACAAAGCUUGCCAAGUGAUAUCGUCAAUUCAACUGGCAUUAAUUCCGCAGGUCUUUGGCAGAAUGCCGGUCUUGUGCGUCCACCACCAGGUUUGUUGCCGAGUUUGCAGAAUUUACAUCAAACUCAACAGCAGCAGCAGCAGCAACACCAACAACAACCGCAACAGCAGCCACAACCACAACAGCAACAAACUACAACUAAUGAUGAUGAUAUGCAAACAUUUGACCCUUUUAGCUCGUUAAGCUCUAUUUGGUGCGACAAUUGGUUGCAGAACAACAAUAAUCAGAAAAGCAAUAAUGAUAAGUAAAAAGAUAUCGUCUUAAGAACAAAGAGCAAUAAGCAGCAACAGAAUUUUGCGAUUUUUUAAAUUGCAUUUUAGUCCUUAAUAAUGACAGUUUAAUUUGUUAAUUUUUGAAAAAAUAAUAAG